AAACUGAGGUCCCGUAUACACAUUGGCGUUCACGUAAAACAUCCCUUGGCAGUUGGGAUUCGAUAUAAGAGUAGGCCGUAGUGCCGCUGCCCGGGCAAAAUUUCCCUCAUAGCACACUGUAUGGCGUAUGCCCAUCUUCAUUAGCCCAGGUUAGGAGCAGAACAGUAGGACGUUAAACCCCAUUUCAUUUCAUUUCAUUUCGAAACCAUGACUGCAAGCCAGAGGGGAGUGGCCAGCUAGAGUUCAAAGCAUGACACCCUAGACCACUAGGGAAUCCACCUUUGGGUUAAUCCUGUUUCUAUCCCUGUGAUGUCAUCGCCUUUCAAACCUCAUGGGUUUUCUCCCGGUCCUCCGUCUUUUAAGAUGAAGAAUAUUUGUUCAGCAGCAUCAUGUAUCGUGUCAGUUUAUACUCAAGCUGGCAACAAGAAAACUGACGCAAGUACCAGUGGUUUCAUGGUUGAACAUGGCAUCGUAGUUACCACGGCUACCAUAUUGGCGCAAUUAGUUGUUCAGUAUCCAGAUUUAUUGAAUAACAUAGAAAAAUCUUUCUACGAAAAUCGUGAUUUCAAACUAAAAUGUCAAGUGACGUUUGAAAAAUUACCCAGCAGACAUCAAAAGAAAGUUUCCUUCAACGAUUUACAAACGACUUUAACUCGAUGUAGCUCAGAUUAUACCAGUACCAGUCGUGUUCAACAUUAUAAUGCAGAGAUAAUUCACAUAUUUUCGUGUCCAAACUUUACGGAAGCCUUUGAAAGGUUAUUAGGAGGUUCGGACUGGUCGUAUGACCAGAAAAUAUCUCUUGAUGAAGAUCAGGAGGACAGUAAGAAAAAUGACAACAUCAGCGGAAAAAUUCUAACAACACUGAUGCAGAAAUUUGUACUUCUGAAAGUGGAUGAUUUACCCGUGGAAUAUAAAGUGAUCGAGGAGUAUAUCAACAGUUGUGUUAAUAUUGGUGAUAAGUUAGAUAUCUGUGCGACGCCGUUUGGUAACCUCAGUGCGGAUGUUUUUAUAAAUUCGUGGAGUAGUGGAAUCGUUAGUAAUGUUUACGGUAAAGAUAAUUGUUUGAUUUUAACAGACGCUAGAAUGAUACCAGGAACAGAGGGUGGACCAGUUUACGUAAACAACGAUAACGGAAGGAAAUUAUGUGGUAUUGUUGUAGCAUCGUUAUGCUGGAAGAAUAAUGAAUGGAUAGGUUUAUCUAUUGUCUGUUCUAUUAAAGACGUAAUAUCAGCCAUGUUUAUAGAUAGAUUACAGAGAAUAGAAAAUAUACCUCCAUCGUCUACUACUACUACUAGAACAGAUGGCUGUUUGAGUAUGUAUAAUAAUAUUGUGAUGGUGAAGGUUGGUGAUACCUGGGGAUCAGGUGUUAUAAUAAACUAUACACCAUCAACUACCUAUAUACUUACCUGUAGUCAUGUCGUUAAACCUAGUCAUAGUCAUCCAGUUAGUAUCAGAGAAAAUGGAAAUAAAUCGUUUGUUAACAGUCAUAUUUUAUAUCAUCAUGAUCCUCCUGUACAGUUUGAUAUCGCCCUGUUAUCUACAGGUACAACGGGUCAAAGGUCAUCAGCCACUGGUAGAACAGGUCAAAAGUCACCAUCUACAGGUCAAAGAUCUAUAUCGACAGGUACAACAGGUCAGAGGUCAACAUCUACAAGUAGAACAGGCCAAAGGUCAAAUCACACACUUCCUGUUAAACCUAUUGAAGGUUCAAGGGUUUAUGCCAUUGGUCAUGCCAUAUUUGGUGAAAAUUUUAACCUUGAACCUACUAUAACUUCAGGGAUCAUCUCCAAGGUGAUUAAGGUCAAUAAUGUUCCAGUUAUGAUACAGACAACAUGUGCCGUUCACCCAGGAGCUAGUGGUGGGGCAUUAGUUAAUGAAGAUGGAAGAUUAGUAGGAGUUAUUGCUAGUAAUACCAAAGAUACAGAAAGUGGAGCUUGUUUUCCACAUGUUAGUAUGGUUAUACCAGCCAUUACAAUAUGGUCAGUUAUAUCAUCAUUUAUACAUAGUCAAGAUGUAGAUAUUCUAAAACAACUCCAUAUAACCAAUAAAACUGUUAAUGAUUUAUGGUCUUUAAAGACAAGUAAACCAGCUCCUCAAAUUGUUGCUAGCAGUAAAUUAUGAUAAUAGGUGGACAGUAGACUACAAUGUUCUCAACAUUCCACCUCAAAUGAUUUCAACAGUGUUAGAAUAAAACUGUCAUUGAUCUUAUUUAGAACUGAUUAUAUUCUAAUGGUGCAAUGGAUUUAUGAGAAAAACAAAUAUGUAACAGGAAGUAUAUGUUAUAGAAAAAUAAAAUAGGGUUCUCCUAUUCUUCAUUGGGGGUUGUUUGGUCGAAAAGGUUAACAUUUGCGCGUGAAAUCACAAGGUUUGUCAUUGAGUCAAGUGGCAUGGUUUUGAUUGCCCGCUUGUACGAGACAAGGAGUAUGGUCGCCACUCCAACCUCUCGGGUUUUCUCCGGGUCCUCCAAUUUCCUUCCCCUGCUAAAGACCCCUGCACGCAAGCAAAUACAGGAUCGAACCCAUCAUCUCCUGGUUAUUGGACAAGCGUUUUAAUCACUGAGCCACAUUAUGUAAACCAAUUGUAGACUUUCAUAUACACUGCCUAUUAUAGACUUUCAUUAUUCCACUUGUAAAACCUUGUCGCUAAAAAAUCGCCAGAAAUUGGAUCUUUAAUUUAUUUUGUUUUUAUUUUUUAUCGAAAUUGGAAGAAUUACAUUCAUUGUUCAAGUUUUAUUUAUGGUAGCGUAUCAUGAAUUCACGUGUUUUCACAAAUGAUGUUACAGAAACUCAUUUCUAUAUUUGACCCAAAAAUAAAAUCUUAUUGUUAUAAUUAUUAAUGAAAUAUUUCUUUCUGGUUUCACAAGUAGCUUUUAUUGUCGACAUUUAAAGAAAAAUGAAGAGCUGAAAUGACCGAAUGUUCCCCAGUAUUCCCCAGUCUGAUUUCACCUUGUAAAUGGUGCAGGACCGUCAGUCUGGCAUAGAAAGUGGCUAGUCCUUCAAGCUCUCGUGUAUAGAUUGUUGUACACACAAAGCUUACCUCACAGGGGUAUGGUUGUAACAG